AUGCUGGUAUACCUCCAUUCCGCAGCAGCAGCAGCAGCAGCAGCAGCAACAGGACCAGCAGCAGCAGGGGCAACAGCAGAGGGGGUAGGGGCAGCAACAGAGACGGCUGCAGCAGAAUCAGUAGCAGCAGCAGCAGCAACAGCAGCAGCAAGAAGACAACAAUUUUGUAGCAAAUCCAUUCAUAACCUACAAGCCUUUAUUCCAGUGUGCAGCAGCGGCAGCAGCAGCAGCAGCAACAGCAACAGCAGCAGCAACAGCAGUAGCAGAAAAGCCUUCUGCACCUGCAGCAGCAAGGCCACGGAUGUUGGAAGCACAGACAACAGCAGCAGAACGAGAGCAGCAACAACGGCAGCAGCAGCAACAACAACAACAAUACGAGCAGAAACAAGAGCAGCAGGAGCAACAGCAGCAACAGCAGCAGCAACAACCGCAGCAGCAGCAGCAACAACAACACGACUCUAUCCAUUCAUAGGCUUCCGAAGAGACCCUGCAGGCUUCUUGCAGCGGGAGGGCCUGCUGCAGCAGCUGCUCCCACAAGCAGCAGCAGCAGCAGAAGCAGCAGCAGAAGCAGAAGCAACUGCUGCGGAAGAUGCGCGCCAGAAAGUAGUAGCAGCAGCAACAGCAGCAGCAGCAGCAGCAGCAGCAGCAGCAGGCGUUGUUGCUGAUGAAGGGAAGCAAGUUGCUGCUGCUGUAGGCAGCGCCCUAGGGCACUUUAAGGCAUUUGCUGCAGCAGCAGCAGCAGCAACAGCAGCAGCAGAAGACGCAUUGCAGCAGAUUGUCACAGACGUCCCUGCACCCCUCACCACACAGCAGCAGCAGCAGCAGCGGCAGCGACAGCAGCAACAGCAGCAAGGCAACAGCGUCCAUUGGGAGAUACGUGCGUUGCAAGCAUUGCAGCGGCAACAGCAGCUGCGGCAGGUGUCUGUACACCCGGAGCUGACAGCAGCAGCACUGGAAGCAGCAGCAGCAGCAGCAGCAGCAGCAGUUCACAUCACCGUUGAUAUUGUCGGCCCCUUUGCAUAUUACUGCAGGCCUUCGCCUCUCGCUCCUGAAUGCCUGCUGCUGUGCCGCAGACCUCUGCUGCAGCAGCAGCAGCAGCAGCAACAACAACAGCAACAGCAGCAACAGCAGCAAGUGGAGACGCUGCUGGAUCUGCUGCAGCAGCAGCGCGGAGAUGCGGUCGGAUCGCUGCAGCAACACGAAGCUGCUGCUUUGCUGCUGGAGCAGGAGGACCAAAUACUUGACCUGGGAGCAUACAUGCUGAGUAGACAGCAGCAGCAGCAGCAGCAGCAGCAGAAGAGGGCUGCUAUUCCUGUGCUGCGCAGCAUACGGGUUUGUGGAGAAGCAGCACAAAUUGUAGGGGCCUCCGUUGACCCUGAAGGAACUGAUAAGCCUCUGCUGCUGCUGCGCAUCAGCAGCAAACAUUGCAACACCACCAGCAGCAGUAGCAGCAGCAGCAGCAGCAGGGUGACACACCUGCUGUCGCCGUGGGAGUGGUUGCCUGCUGCUGCGGAAAUAGAGAAUAUUUCUGGCUUUGAGUUCCAUGCAGCAGCAGCAGCAGCAGCAGACACAACAACAGCAGCAACAGCAACAGAAGCAGCAACAAGUGCAGCAAGACCCACACCUGAAGCAGCACCAGCAGCAACGAGAGCAGCAGCAGCAGCAACAACAGCAGCAGCUAUAAUCCCAGAUAUGUGCGCCCGAUCAGGCACUGAUAGCGCAUACAGCGACUCCUCCGCUGCUGCUGCUGCUGCUGCUGCUGCUGCUGCUGCGCAGCCAUUUGCGCUGUUUGCUGCUGCUAUUGACAGCAAAACGCUAAGAGCCAAGGAAAUCUUCCGCUUCGAUUUCACAUCUACUCAGCUUCCUGCUGCUGCUGCGGCUGCUGCUGCUGCUGCUGCGCCUUCAAGAGCGGCGCCACAAGCAUCAACAACUGCAGAAGCAGCAGCAACAGCAGCAGCAGCAAACCAGACACUUGAAAUUUAUACUGCUGCAGGGAAGACAACGCGACUCAGUUGGAGGUUCCCCUUUGUGCUGACGGCGCAGCAGCAGCUACUACCAGCUGUGACUAGGAGAGCUGCUGCAGCAGAGCCAUAUCUGCAUUAUGAUGUGGGGUUGAGUAAAGACGGAGAGUAUUUCUUUUUUACUGCAACAAACAGGACCUGCACAUACACCUGGGCACUCCGGAGCGACAACCCGUACGGCACUCCGCAGCUCCUGUAUGAAGGCGUCUCUCACUUCUUCGAUUCUGUGGCUUCGUUUGUGUAUUUCUUUAUUUGUAAUCCCUCGGGUGGCUUCAGCUGCUACGCAUUGCCUCAGCAAACAUUUGACGCUGCUCUUUCUGCUGCUGCUGCAGUAGCAGCAGCAGCAGCAACAUCAGGACAGCAGCAGCUGCUGCAGCAAAGACGUCUUCUGCCUGUAGACGCAACGGGAUGUUCCCAGCAGCAGCAGCAGCAGCAACAACAACAACAGCAGACGCAACCUGUGUCGGGGCCGUGUAAGCAGGGGCAGCAGCUGCCGCAGCAGCUGCAGCAGCAGCUGCAGCAGCAGUUGCAGCAGCAGCCGCAGCAGCAGCUGCAGCAGCAGCUGCCUUUGUUGCUGCUGCACAAAGCUGAGGGGUUGCGGGUUCGGGAUGCAGAUUUUACUUCCCACGGCAUUGCGGUGUAUGCACAGCGACCUGCAGCACGUAACGUUAUCCUAGUAAUCAAACCACCUACAGCAGCUGCAGCAGCAGCAGCAACAGCAGCAGCAGCAGCAGCAGCAGACGUGGGGACAGGGGGGAUGGGGCUUCGGGAGGCGCGUCUUCUCCAGCAGCAGCAGCUGCAGCAGCAGCUGCUGCUGCAGCAGAACAAGCCACUAAUUUCAGCAUCUGCUAUUGCAGCAGCUGAUGCUGCUGCUGAAGCUACUGCAGCAGCACCACCACCUGCUGCUGAAGUAUGUUUGCCUUUAGGAGGUGUGGGGCGGCUGUCUGCAGGAGCAAACCCGUGCUGCAGUGCAGCAGCAGUGAAGUUGCUGCUGCAGACUCCGUUUCACCCUGCGGUGUCUAUACACCUGCAUCUUCCGUCUCUUCGUUUGUCGCAGCAGCAGCAGCAGCAGGUAGCUGUGCUCCAGCCGCAGCUGCUGCAGCGGGUGCAGCGGCUUGCUGCUGCUUGCAACACAGGACAGCAACAGCAGCAGAGCAGCAGCAGGAGAAGCAGCAACAGUAGCAUCAGCAGGAUAGGGGGGUGGCUUAGAGGAGGGCGCCCCCACCGGCAGCUGCAGCAGAUGCUGCAGCAACUGCAGCAGCAGCAGCAGCAACAGCAGCAGCAAUGGGCAGCAGAUGGGUUUGCUGCUAAGUUUGCUGUUGAAGUUCUUCUCGUACCAUCGUUAGACACACAAAUAUUAAUUCCCAUAACUCUUAUACUCCCUAAGUGCUUAGCAGGCUGCUUCCAGCAGCAGCAGCAGCAGCUGCAGCAGCAGCAGCUGCUGCUGCACCAGCAACAACAGCAGCAGCCGCAGCAGCAGAUGGUGCUGCUCAACGACAGGCGACUUGCUUCAGGCGUUCUCUCAUGCAGCAGCAGCAGCAACAACAAGAGCAGCAGCAGCAACAGCUGGUGCCUCAGCAGCAGCAACAGCAGCAGCAGCAGCAACAGUGUGCUGAAUCUUCAUGAAGGUUCUCCUUUGCUGCUGCCGUCUCCCUGGUUGCUGGGUGCUGCAGCAGCAGGAGGUUUUCGUUUGCUGCUGCACAUUUAUGGAGUGUACAAGGAGCCCCUUGCUGCUGCUUUUGAUUCUGCUGCUGCUUUGCUGCUGCAGCAGGGGUGGGCUCUGGGGUAUAUACACUGCAGAGGAGGAGGCGAAGUGUGGGGUGAGGAGACAGGAGACGGCAAGGGCUUGAGGAAGCAGCAAACAGCAGCAGAUGCUGCUGCUGCUGUUGCUGCCUUGUAUGCACUCGGAUACAGCAGCCCCAGCAACACUGCUGUUGCAGCAGCAUCAGCUGGUGCUGUUGCUGCUGCUGCGCUGCUCCUCGCCAGCAAUCCUGCUGCAGAUCUCUUCUACACCAAUUGCAUAGCCAGCCAAUUGCAGCAGCAGCAGCAGCAGCAGCAGCAGCAACAGCAGCAACAGCAACAGCACCAGCAACAGCAACAGCACCAGCAACAGCAACAGCAACAGCAGCAACAGCACCAGCAACAGCAACAGCAACCGCACCAGCACCAACAGCAGCAGCAGCAGCAGCAGCAGCAGCAGCAGCAGCAGUUUGGAGAGCCUUUGGUUCGCUGUUUGCUGCUUGACCGUCCUUUUGUCGAUGUCUUCUCUGCAAUGGAAGACCCCUUAAUGCCUCUGACACAACUAGAGGGAGAUGAGUGGGGCUGCAUGCAUGCGCCUAGCAGCAGCAGCAGCAGCAGCAGCAGCAGCAGUGUGGCAGCAGCAGCAGCAGCAGCAGCAGAAGCAGCGGGAAGUGCACAAGAGAUUGAUCCGUGGGGUGUAUGGGGAGAUCUUGCGGAGGCUGAAGCUGCUGCUGCUUGCAGCAACAUCACUGCCUAUUGCUGCUACGAGCAGCUGCUGUCGCUGCUGCAGCAGCAACAACAGCAGCAACUGCAGCAGCAACAGCAGCAGCAGCAGCAGCAGAUGACAGCAGACACUGUGCUGCCCUAUUCUUUUCCUUCCGUGCUGCUAACAGCGACCCUCACAGACACCAGGACGCCCCCAUGGCAUGCAGCAAAGCUAGCAGCUCUGCUGCUGCUGCUGCAGCAGAAGCAGCAGCAGCAGCAGCAGGGUGUUUAUUUGCGGUGUCUGCUUAGCGGUCAAGGGCACUACGGCGAGUUAGAGCAGCAGCAGGAAAUGAAAGCAGCAGCAGAAUUUGUUUGUUUUCUGCUUUGUCAUAUCUCCUAA